AUGGCAGCCAGGGCCACUCUAUCCCAUGACGAUUACACGGUCGGGUGGAUAUGCGCUUUACCCCUGGAGAUGGCGGCCGCAAAGCUGAUGUUGGACGCAAUACACCCAAGUCUGCCUCGCCCGCCGACGGAUCAAAAUACGUAUAUUCUGGGAAAUAUCGGGGACCACAACAUCGUUAUUGCCUGUUUGCCAAGUGGCGCAUAUGGCAUCGUAUCAGCUGCAACGGUCGCGAUGCAAUUGCUCUCGAGUUUCCACUCUAUCCGGUUCGGACUGAUGGUCGGUAUUGGUGGAGGAGUACCAAACGGCAACGCAGACGUUCGACUUGGCGAUAUCGUGGUGAGCCAACCAACAGACACAUCUGGAGGCGUGAUCCAAUACGACCUUGGUAAAGUAUUAAGUGGUGGUCAAUUCCAGCGGACAGGGAUGCUUAACCGGCCCCCCAAGGUCCUGCUGACUGCCCUCGCUACACUUCAAGCCCACCACUUCACAGAAGAAAGUCGAAUUCUUGAAUUCAUUUCUGAGGUCCGAGCCAAAAUGACGCCGCGUAUAGCUGCAAAUUUUACACGACCAAUAAAAGAGGACCUUUUAUACGAAACAGACUAUGACCACGGAGCAUCUGAUACAUGUAUCGGUUGUGAUCGGUCCAAAUUGAAGCCAAGGCGUCCACGAGACCAUAAAGAACCAGUGUUUCACUAUGGGCUGAUUGCGUCUGCAAAUCAGGUAGUGAAAGACGGCAGACGGCGAGACCAGCUGGCUCAGGACCUGGGAGUGUACUGCGUGGAAAUGGAAGCGGCGGGGCUUAUGAAUGACUUUCCUUGUUUAGUUAUCCGGGGUAUUUGUGACUAUGCGGACUCACAUAAAAAUAAGGAAUGGCAAGGAUAUGCGGCAAUGGCGGCAGCAGCCUACGCUAAAGAACUUGUCUUGGUGGUUCCGAUCGAUCAGGUUAAAACUACUCCAAUAGCACGAGAUACUCUAGCAGAUCAUGUCCACCGCUUUAAUGUCCCUCUAGACCUGACCGUAUUGCCCGUGAUUGCAAAUUUUAUAGGACGGCAAGAGGAGAUAGACAAUCUAUGGCAGUAUUUACAACCGACAGAUUCACCGUCGCGAAAAGUUGCAAUUCUUCACAGGCUUAGCGGAAUAGGAAAGACGUAG